CGCGCGAGAUCACCCGGCAGUUCCGUUGCGGCUCACAUUCGCGCCGUGACCCGUCACCCGACAGGACGCGCUUCAAGUGUUGUUACAAGUGUUCCGUUGUCUUACACGCCGACCGCGACUACUCCUACCAGUGUUACGCGCAGUUGAUGGUGUCCCACAGAUGGAUAUGAUACAGAUUUGCAGUGGAGUGCUCCUCCUGAUAUUGAGCAUAGCGGGAAGCGUGCCUGUGCCCGGCGGCGACUACUCGCACGCGCAGUACUACGGCUACUCGGACGAGGACGGCGACGGCUACGAAGAUGAUGGCCACUACGACGCCGGGCACAACGGCUACACCGGGCACAACGGCUACACUGGGCACAACGGCGGCUACUACCAGCCAUACCAGCCCUACGUCUACCACGGACACCCGGGCAUCGGAUACUCCGCCCAGGUCUUCGGAUACAACGGAUACGCACACCCCACUUACUACGCACCCUACCAUGAUCAUGAACAUUAUCACUACCCGAAGUACAAGUACGAAUACGGGGUUCACGACCCCCACACGGGUGACGUGAAGCAGCAAUACGAGGAACGUGACGGGGACGUCGUCCGCGGCUCGUACAGCCUCGUCGAGGCCGACGGCACGAUCCGGGUGGUGGAGUACACGGCCGACGACAAGCACGGCUUCCGGGCCGUCGUCAAGAAGAUCGGCCACGCCGUCCACCCACCCCCGCACCCCCACCACCACGAGUACAGCCACGCCCCCGCCGCCUAUUCCGGCUACUACCCCGCCGCCCCCGUCGCCCCUGUGGCCCCCGUCGCCCCUGUUUAUCAGUACCAGACGCCCGUCUAUCAUAGCGCCCUACCGCAGCCCAUACCGCCUCAGGCGUACUCACCAACGGCGGCAGCGACUCCCGGCUACCCGGAGGCCUUCCACAACGCGUACGUAGUCCCCCUACAAGGUGACGCCCCUUACCAGGGCUACGGACCUCACGCUCAACACUUCGGCAACGACGCGUACACGGACGGACUUUACAAGAAACGAUCGCCAGCCAAGAACAAGGAAAAUCAGAAGGAGACACAGGACUCUCAACAGUCGGUGAAGAAAGAAACCAAGGCUGAAUCCGAGAAGGAAAGCGAGGAAGCCAAGAAGAAGAGGGAAGAGGAAGAGAAGAAAGAGAGGGAGGCUAGGAGUCGGAAAACCCUCCUGGAAAAGCAGAAAGAACUGAAGCAGAAGUUGACCAGGCAGUGAUGUGGCACGUAGGAACAAAAUUUAAAGACAGGACUGAAGGACUGAACAGGGUCAGGAACAGUGGCGUGGCGUGCGUUGCUAUAGAUCCAUCUAUCCGCUAUUUAAACCUAUGGAAUAGGAUCGAUAAAUAGGGUGUUCGCAACGAGCACCUCAAUAAUCGAUUCUUUACCAUAGCUAUGAAUGGGGAGAUAUCGAUAAGCGAACAUUCACGCCUCGCCAUUGGUCAGGAACAAUGCACCGCGCCGAUGAAUCAGAAUGGUAGAGCGCCUGACAAUACUUGGACCGCAUUUAACAGAAAGGAGCCAAGUCACAUCAGCUAAUUGCCAACUUUAACUUGGAAAUUUAAUUUUUUACAAGAGGACGUUUGUGCGGUUACCUUUAAAAAAUCUCUAUGAAUUUGCUUAGUGCCAACCAAAAAAUUCACUGAAAUUUGCACGAAAAUCCGCACAACCGUUUUCUUGUGAAAUACUAAAUUGUCCAAUUAGAUUUGGCAAUAGCUGAUGUGGCUUGGUUCCGUUCUGCUUAAUACGAUCUACUUGAUAACGCACGUAUUAACAGACGCAUAGAAAUAAACAUUCGGUAGAUCUAUCAGACGACUGUUUAACACUACCAGAAAUCCAGUACUAGUUAUUGGAUUUCCUGGAGAGCAUAUCGAUGGCCACAGUGCGAAUGCACGUACCUCCGUUUGCGACAUUACAGACUUCCUGUCAUGCUUUAUUUUCUUUUCUUUUUUUCUUCUUUUUUUAUUAUUUUUUUUUUUAACAACUAUUCGACGUCAUUUCCUGAAAAGUGUCCUGAUUUUUCUCCUGCGUCAGCAAACUAUUCGGCAAUAAUUUCUAGUCAUAAAUUUGGCUCGUUUUUUCGCGGAAAAAUAAAUUAGGAGCGGAAAUUUUGAAACACCGUAAUGGAGAUACGUGGUUUUGUACUUUGGUCAAACGAAAUUUAACACAACAGUCUGGUGUCCGCUACCAUUCUUUUUCCUGCGUGCGCAGUGAAUGUUUUCACUUGAAUAUUCUCGGUAUGUUUGACGUGUUUUGUAUGGAGUUAGAUGAAGAAACGUGUCCAACAGAUUUUAAAAUCCUUGCCCUGUUUAGUACUCCAUUUCAUACGUCUUAAUAAACAAAAAUGUUGAACAUGUCAGCAUCGAUGAGGCAUAAUUUUGGCCCUUCGUUUGAUUGAGUAAAGACACGGUCCCGACACAUCGGUGGCACCAUUAAAAUCCAAUAAUGAUUUUCAUUAUGUCCAUCUUUAUGGAAUUCAGCGAGGGAAAUAAUGGCACACCUUCGUAUCCAUCUGAAGUCAAUUCAUAAGCUCAAAGAAGAUGGUCAUUCAAAUUCUAGGUCGUAUUUGGACUGAAUUUUGCAACAAGGAACCACUAUUUAUGACUCUAUUAAGAAACAACAUACAAUGUGGGCCAUUGGUUUUCCAAUGCAGAUAUUUGUUUAUAUAAAUAAGCCAGAGAUAGUGGUUUCUCAUCGCAAAAAGGAGUCUAAUUGAGGAGCAUCUUCCCUUUAUGAGAAAUCACAUCUACAUCUUAAAUCAAAAGGUUUCUCGCGAAAUCCACAAAUGGAAAUAAUUGGUAUGUUUUACUCAAAUCCUUAAAGACACGCCGCACAUUGAUGAAAGAUAAAGUAGGGACAGUUCUACAAUUUGCCUAACGAAAGGCGAGGACAUAAAGCCAAGUUCAAAGAAUGUUCAUAAUUACCUCAUACUCAUUCACUUAAAUCCAGCCAUCAAAAAGACGGAAAACUUCAUGCAGCUACCAAGUAGUUGCAUUGUAGGUUUAUUAGAAAGUCUCUGAGAGAUUUAUUGUGAUAAUAUCAUCAUGUCAGGCUACGUGGUUAGAUAGAGAUGGGUAUUUCUUUCAGCUAUAAAACGCCGAUGGUGAAUGUAGAAAAUAAUGUAAAUUUGACCCCUAUGUUCCAAAAUUUGUGACCUAACUUUACUUUCCUGCCAGAAAACAAUACAAUUUAUUUAAAAAAUGAAAAAAAAUCCAAAAGGUUCAUAUCUCGAAUCUUUUAGAACCCAGACUCUUAAGCUUGCGUAAAAAAAAAUUUACAUCUAUUAGAUAGUACCUCUUUUUCCCCUGCAAAAUCAAAAUCAUUCAUUCUUAAGUUUGGAUACCUAUUUUUGUCAUAAAUCGAUAUCAAUUCAUAGCCUUUUUUCGGCUCCAAAAUCCAUCUUUAUUUCGUGGCCUGAUAUUGUGAUAUAUUCUUUACGCAAGAAACACCUGCAGCCAGGUAGCGCACACUUUGUAAAUAUUACUUUUAGUUGCUAACUUUAUAUAAUAAAUUAUUUUAAAACCCUU